AUGUCAUUUGAUAGACCAGAAAUUUAUAGUGCACCAGUGCUACAAGGUGUAGCUCCAAAUGAUGAUGAUAACACCGAGAUUAUCAAAUCGUUUAGAAAUUUCAUCCUGGAGUUUAGAAUUGAUUCUCAAUUUAUCUACAGAGAACAAUUAAGAAAUGCUUUAUUAGUGAAAAAUUACUCAUUAAGUGUAAAUAUGGAACAUUUAAUUGGUUAUAAUGAAGAUUUAUUUAAAAGAUUAUCUGAUGAACCAUCGGAAAUUAUUCCAUUGUUCGAAAAUGCAAUCACUCAAGUGGCUAAGAGAAUUACAAUCUUAAAUAAAUCACAAGAAAAUUCAACUGGUAAUCAACCCUCAGGUGAAGAUAUUGCUGCAUUAAUACCAUCGUUUCAAUUGAUUUUAAACUCAAAGGCCAAUCAAAUCCCAAUGAGAGAAUUGGAUUCUGAACAUGUCUCGAAAAUUGUUCGUUUGUCUGGUAUUGUUAUCUCUGCUUCUGUAUUGACUUCACGUGCUACCUAUUUGCGUAUUAUGUGUAAAAAUUGUAGACAUACUACUUCAAUUACUGUGAAUAGUUUCAAUUCCAUUAGUGGUACACAAGUUUCAUUGCCUCAUUCAUGCCUCUCUCAACAACAAACCGAAUCUGGACAAGUAAGUUCAAUGGAUGCUUCAGCACCACCUAAAAAUUGUGGUCCUGACCCAUAUAUGAUUAUUCAUGAAGCCUCUACAUUUAUUGAUCAACAAUUUUUAAAAUUACAAGAAAUUCCAGAGAUGGUUCCAGUUGGGGAAAUGCCACGUCAUUUAAGAUUAUCGUGUGAUAGAUAUUUGACUAAUAAAGUUGUUCCAGGUGCUAGAGUCACGGUGGUUGGUAUAUAUUCUAUUUAUACAGCUAAAGGGAAUGGUAUCGGAAGUGGUAAUGAAGGUGGUGUAUCUAUUAGAAAUCCAUACAUUAAAGUAUUAGGUCUACAGACAGAUAUUGAUACAAACGGAUUUUCUAACUCUAUAUCAAUGUUUUCUGAAGAAGAAGAAGAAGAAUUUUUACAAUUAAGUAGAAACCCUGAGAUUUAUGAGUUAAUUGCUAAAUCUAUUGCACCAUCCAUUUUUGGUAAUGAAGAUAUUAAGAAAGCUAUUGUUUGUUUAUUAAUGGGUGGUUCAAAGAAAUUAUUACCUGAUGGGAUGAGAUUAAGAGGUGAUAUUAAUGUCUUAUUAUUAGGUGACCCAGGUACAGCUAAAUCUCAAUUAUUAAAGUUCGUUGAGAAAGUAUCCCCAAUCUCUGUAUAUACAUCAGGUAAAGGUUCAUCUGCUGCAGGUUUAACUGCGAGUGUUCAAAGAGAUCCAACCACAAGAGAAUUCUAUUUGGAAGGUGGUGCUAUGGUUCUUGCAGAUGGUGGUGUUGUUUGUAUUGAUGAAUUCGAUAAGAUGAGAGAUGAAGAUCGUGUUGCGAUUCAUGAAGCCAUGGAACAACAAACCAUUUCUAUUGCUAAAGCUGGUAUCACAACAGUAUUGAAUUCGAGAACUAGUGUUCUGGCAGCUGCAAAUCCUAUAUAUGGUCGUUAUGAUGAUAUGAAGUCACCUGGUGAAAAUAUCGAUUUUCAAACCACAAUUUUGUCUCGUUUCGAUAUGAUUUUCAUCGUUAAGGAUGAACAUGAUGAAGAACGUGAUAUUUCUAUUGCUAAUCAUGUCAUUAAUAUCCAUACUGGACGUGUCUCUCAAGAACAAGAAGAAAUGGAAAAUAAUGGGGAAGAAAUUAGUAUAGAUAAAUUAAAACGUUAUAUUACAUAUUGUAGAAGAAAGUGUGCACCAAGAUUAUCUGUACAAGCGGCCGAACGUUUAUCAUCUCAAUUUGUUACCAUUAGAAAAGAACUAUUAAUCAACGAAUUGAAUUCUACUGAAAGAUCAUCUAUUCCAAUUACUGUUCGUCAAUUAGAAGCUAUUAUCCGUAUAACUGAAUCUCUAGCCAAAUUAGAAUUGAGUCCCGUGGCUCAUGAAAGACAUGUUGAAGAAGCCAUUAGAUUAUUCCAAGCCUCUACAAUGGAUGCUGCAUCACAGGAUCCAAUUGGUGGUAUGGAUCCAACAGGUAAUUCAAGAUCUAUUCUAGCAGAAAUUCGUGAAAUUGAACAAGAAUUGAAGAGAAGAUUACCUAUUGGUUGGUCUACAUCUUAUCAAACUUUAAGAAGAGAAUUUGUUGACUCUAAUAGAUUUUCACAACCUGCUUUGGAUAAAGCUCUAUAUGCACUUGAAAAACAUGAAACCAUCCAGUUAAGGCAUCAAGGUCAAAAUGUAUAUAGAAGUAGUAUAUGA